AGUCAUAGCAGACGGCUAACGAAAAAGCGCCAUACGAGUCUAACUUGUUUCAUAGUGUAAAGUUGUGCAAAAUUGUGCUUAAAAUGGAUCUCAAUGGGAAAAAUGUGAUAUACGCUGGUGGUUUUGGCGGUAUUGGUCAAGCUUGCGUCAAAGAAUUGCUCGAAAAAGGUGUAAAGAAUCUAGCUAUACUUGAUCUAACGGAAAAUAAAGAACUUUUGGAAGCUUUGCAAAAAUCAUACCCCACAACUAUAAUUCAUUUCAUACAAUUCGAUGUUUCGAAAAAAGAGCGCAUAACAGCGGCUUUCAAAGAAGCUGUGGCUAAAAUGCAACACUUUGAUGUUCUAGUCAACGGUUGCGGCAUAAUGAUGGAUGAACAUGUUGACCUCACAGUCGAAACUAAUUUGUUGGGUGUUAUCCAUAGCACACUUACUGCCUUGCCAUAUAUGGAUAAAUCUGCUGGUGGACGUGGUGGUAUCAUCGUGAAUGUCUCAUCUGUCGCCGGCUUGGAAGCAACCGGUUUGUUUGCUAUUUAUUCGGCUACAAAACAUGGUGUUACUGCCUUCACGCGCUGCAUGGCGGAUAAAAUAUAUUUUGAUCGUUUUGGCGUUAGUUUUAUUACCAUAUGUCCUGGCAUUACUGAUACUAAUAUUUUUAGAAAUGCUCACAAAAACGUGACCUUUGAGUUCGCCCAAGAGCCUGCUAAAAUUUUCUACAAGGCAAAGUUGCAAACCGCAGAAAUUUGUGCGAAAAAUAUGAUAAAAGUUAUGGAGACGGGUAAGAAUGGUGGAGCCUACAUUCUCGAUAUAGGUAACAUUGAGGAGGUUACAUUUCCGGAGCUGUGGAAGCCAUCUUUUGAAUCGUCUUGUUCCAUUGCGGAUAGUCCUUUGCCAAAGCAUCAAUGGUCUGCCUCUUCUUCUCGUUCCUUGCGGGCUCCAAGUCAAGGCGGCGUGCGGUAUUUCCUCAUAAGGCUUUCGCAAAAAAAAUUUAAAAGGAAUAUAAUUAUGGAGUUAAGUGGCAAAAAUGUGAUAUACGAAGGUGGCUUUGGCGGUAUUGGGCACUGUUGUUUGAAGGAAUUCCUAGCCAAGGGAGUGCAGAAUUUAGCUAUUUUUGAUCUAAAAGAAAAUUCAGAACUUUUGGAAAGUUUGAAAAAAUCAUAUCCCAAUGCGAAUAUUUUCUUUGUGCAAUUCGACAUCACGAAAAAGGAUAGUAUUGCAGUGGCCUUUAAAGUAGCUGUCGAGAAAAUGGGUCAUUUUGAUUUGCUCGUGCAUGGAUGUGGCAUGAUGGAUGACAAUCACGUUGAACUGAUGAUUGAUAUUAAUUUUAAAGGUCUGGUUCUUAGCACUUUUGCCGCUCUACCCUACAUGGAUAAAUCAACUGGUGGUCGCGGUGGCGUCAUUAUAAAUAUAUCAUCUGUAGCUGGAUUGGAACCACUUGCAGGUCUUUCGGUUUAUUCAGCAGCAAAGCAUGGUGUGACGUCAUUUACACGUUGUAUGGCGCAUCCCAGGUACCUGGAGCAUCAUGGCGUUAGUUUCAUCACCAUAUGUCCAGGCGUCACAGAGACAGAACUCGUAGUGAAUCCAGGCCAGAAGGCAACAUUCGCAUUCGCCGCAAUUCUAGCUGGGUGUUUAGACGAUGCUUCACGCCAAAGUCCCAAAAUCUGCGCUCAGAAUUUGGUAAAACUUGCUGAGACUGGUAAAAAUGGUGGCGUCUACAUGCUUGAUUUGGGCGAAAUCAAAGAAGUCACAUUUCCAGUUAUGUGGACACCGGUUUUUAAGUCGUGAAAUCUAAAAUUAUAUUGGAAUAAAUGAAAAUCAACACAACUUUAAAGUGAUUAAGCGCAUUUUUUGCAGUCAAAAUGAUUUGCUUGCAAUACAUAGCCAUAAUAAAAUGUUUCUUACGUUUAUUCAUACAUAAAUACAUACAUCUUAGUGUAUGCGAUUAUAAAAAUUUCA